AUGAAAAAUAGCCAAAAAUCCAAUUUAUUUGGUGAAAAACGAUUUAAGAUUGACUUAUACUCAAGAAACUCAGAUCCUCAAACUCUCUCAAAUUUUCUAUCAUUCCACAAUUUUAGUGGAAAAAAAGUAGAUAUAAUAUGAUAUAACUUUAAAAGACCUGCCCCCGAGAAUAAUGUCUUGGAUUCUUUUAACUAUUCAAAAAGCAAUCGUUCCUGAAUAAUUGAACUUGCCAAAAAUUUCAAAAUUAUUUCUUCAGGGGCCACUUCUUGAGGGUCAAAUGCUGUAUUUUUUGAAGAUUUCGUGUAUAUGUUUGGUGGAGGUUAUAAUGGGCGUACUGAAAGGAAAGCGAAAAGAUUAGAUUUAGUCAAAAAUAAAUUGGAAACUUUGAUGCCGAUUCCUGAGCCUUCUAAAUAUUGCUCCUGUGUAGUUUUUUGUAAUAAAAUUCUUAUAUCAGGCCAAUAUUUUGAAGAUUUGUUUUUAUAUGAUAAACUGCAUAAUAUUAUUUAUUCUUUUUAAUUAUUUGGAUUUUGCUUUAAACCAAUAUUUGGAUUUAACCCUUAAACAAUAUAGAGCAGCAUACAAUAAUUGAUACUUAUCAUGCUUUACUCCUAGGAGUAAUAAAAAAUUCACCAAAAAUCGUUUGCACAGGAAACAGCCGAGGGUAUAUUUUUGAUACAUGAGGCUAUUACUACGAAAGUAACCAAAAUGAUGAAUAUGCCUGGAAUAGUCUUGGGCAUACUUUUAUUAUUUCUGAGUAUACUUGUCUUCAUCUAUGUAAAGUUUAUGGUUGAAACUCUAUUUAUUUGCUUGCUAAUUCUAGUAUUUAUCGUUUUGAUUUAUCACAAAACGAACUUGUGAAGCUUGAAUAUAAGGAUAAUAUUUAA